GGCCCGGAAGGGGCCUGAGAUGGGAAAUGGGGUGAAUCCCACCCCGAGGGAGGUGGUCUUGGGCCCUGGUGUAGGAUCCGGAUGGAUGGGGACUCCCGCCUCUGCUCUUGCCCUCCUCCCCCUCCCCACCCAGGGCAUCCAGCUGGCAGCAUGUCCAGAGAGCUAUCACCUUGGGUGUGGACUAUGUGUGCCGGGGGAGAGGGUCCCGACACGGCUGGGUGGACCCCUGCGAGAGUUGUGCGAACCAGUCCUCCCCAGCACUCCCCACCUCCACGCAGCAGGGCCAGAUGAGCUGAGCUGCUAGAUGAGACACUGGCUAAAGAGCUUAAGGACUUAACUCCAGCCCCCCCCCCCCACCUAUCCCCCACCCCGCGCUCAAGCCCAUAUGCAAGAGCCCCCAGGAAUUCCCUGGGUACCGGGCUGGACAAACACUUCACGUCAAUUCCCCAGCCCAGAUCCUCCCUCUAGCCCCCUCCUGCUUCCUGCCCUGGGAAUAAAGGGAGGUGCCCCAAAAGCUUGGCCGUGAGGUCAUUUGGGACACAGGAAAUGGGGGAGGGGUUUGAAUGCCUAAAGGAGCAGAAUUGUGACCCCCACCACCACCACCACCGGGAGGUCCACCACCCCCAUUGGUUCCUAGAGCCAAAGGGACAAAGGAAAUAGAGAGGAGGCUCCUCAGAGAGUCGGAGAGGAAGGGUGCCUCCUUGGAGCAAGUGCUUAAGGCGGGUCGAAGGCUUCCAGGAGCUCCCAGGAGCUGGGAUGGCCUCUGCGGCAUCUGGAGAAAAGAGGACGCACGUCCUCCUCGCGGGCCCAGCUGGAGCUUCACGUGCCCGCGGGCCUCGCCAAGCUGAAGGCGGUGGAAGGCGCGGACGUCGUGCUCCCGGUGUGGUACACCCUGCGAGGCCAAUCGCCCGCCCAGCCUGGGCCGUGGGAGUUGCUCACCGUGAUGUGGUUCUUGGAACAAGGGCAGGAUCUGAACCAGGUGUUGGCGUACAUCAGUGGGGCCACGUCAAGCAAAUCUGGGGUAUCCCUGGUCUACUCCAUGCCCUCCCAGAAUGUGUCCCUGCGGCUGCAGGGCCUCCGGGAGAAAGACUCUGGGUCCUACCGCUGCUCUGUGAAUGUGCAAGACCAUGAAGGCAAAAACAGGAGCCAUGGCAGCAAAACUUUAGAACUCAGUGUGCUGGUUCCUCCAGCUCCUCCCUCCUGCCGCCUCCUGGGCGUGCCCCGCGUGGGGACCAAUGUGACCCUGAGCUGCCAGUCCCCAAGGAGUAAGCCAGCUGCCCAGUACCAGUGGGAGCGGGCACCCCCAUCUGCCCAGGUGUUCUUUGCACCAGUUUUAGAUGCCAUCCGUGGAUCUUUAAGCCUCACAAACCUUUCCAGUCCCAUGUCUGGAGUCUAUAUCUGCAAGGCCCACAACGAGGUGGGCAGUGCCCAGUGCAACGUGACCUUGGAAGUGAGCACAGGGCCAGGGCCUGCGGUGGUUGCUGGAGCUGUCGUGGGCACUCUGGUGGGGCUGGGGAUGCUGGCCGGGCUGGUCCUCUUGUACCACCGCCGGAGCAAGGCCCUAGAGGAGCCGGCCAAUGAUAUCAAGGAGGAUGCCACUGCUCCCCGGACACUGCCUUGGCCCAAGGGCUCAGACACAAUCUCCAAGAAUGGGACCCUUUCCUCGGUCACCUCAGCUCGAGCCCUCCGGCACCCGCAAGGGCCUCCCAGGCCCGGUGCCCUGACCCCCACGCUCAGCCUCUCCAGCCAGGUCCUGCCUUCACCCAGGCUGCCCAGGACAGACGGGGCCCAGCCUCAGCCAAUAUCCCCCAGCCCAGGUGGGGUCUCUUCCUCCACGCUGAGCCGCAUGGGCGCUGUCCCCGUAAUGGUGCCCGCCCAGAGUCAGGCUGGGUCUCUGGUGUGAUGGUCCAGCCACUCAUCAGCUAAGCCAUCUGGUUUCUCUCCUUCCUAGAUGGGUCCCCCUAGCACAGAGGCCUGAGUCUUGGGAGACCACCUUCCAGACCUCCAGUUCUCUGCUCACACCUUUCUUUACUAUGGGGGAACCGAGUCUCAGUUAAGAUCCAAACAUUCAAGAGGUAGAAGAGGAAGUGAAUCUUGGGGAUUAGGAAGAGGGCCACCCCCUCCCCCAGGCCUUCCUAUGACUGCAGGGAACACUGCUGAGAUGUGGCCCUGGUGGCCCUGGUAGGGACGGCCAGUCCAGGAGUCCUCCAGGCCCUUGAUCUGUACUCCACCCCAUCUAACAGCAUCCUUCACUCCCACUCCAGCUCCCUGCAUUCAUAUAACCUGUCCUGCUGGCUUGGUUGGGUUUUGUUGGGGGCAGGGGAUAAGGAAGGUAUUUUUUUGAACUAACUUGAAAUAUGUGUUUUUGUUUUUAUUUUGCAAAUUUUAAUAAAGACGCAUUGUGUUUUUAUGGAAA